AAAAGAAGUGUGUAGAGAGAGAGAGAGAGAGAGAGAGGCGGGGAUGGGGAUAAUCAAGACCUGCUUCGUGUUCACGAUGGGAACGGCUUACGGCGUAUACGUGGCGCAGAAUUACAACGUUCCAGAUAUUAAGAAGCUCACAAACACUGGUCUUGUCAUCGCUAAGCAUAUCGAAGAGAAUUAUCGCAAGCCUAAGAAGGACGAUGUUGUUUGAGAUUGAUCUAGGUUUUUGCCGAUCUCAAUUUGGUUAUUUUUGUAUUAUUUCUCAAAUUAUUAACCCCCGUUUUCAUCGGGAUUUUAGGGUAUAAAUUGGUUAUGGCUAAAGGGGGCUGAUGAUUUGAUUUGAUUUGAUUUGAUU